AGAUCAAUGAUGGAGUAUAAACAAGUGGAGAAACAAGUAACUAGAGAUUCCAAGCUCAAGCAUCUCACUCACAAGGUCUGCAAGCGAGACUUGUGCUUCACCAACCUCAAAGUGAACACAUCAGCCGAGGAACUGCUCAAGGCAUCCAAAUCACUCUUUGCCUAUCCAUCUCCAGUCGCAGGUGGAUCAACAUUGUCUAUCUCUAAGCUCAGUAGUUAUGGCAAGGCUCCAGACAUGCCAUUCAGUUUGAAGGGACAUACGGAUGCGAUAACAUGUUUUGAGUUUAGUCCGUUCAAUGAUAGGGUGAUUGCGACUGGUAGCAGAGACUGUACUGCCAGACUUUGGCAUAUCGACGAUGAACUGGACAUGCAGCCAAACACAUGGGUGGAACCCCUGCUCACACUGCCAAAGCAGGCCAAGAGGUUCACUGGCCUGUAUUUCCACCCAUCUGUAGACUCAUUAUUAGUGUCCGCCACCACGGAUUAUGCCGUCGAUUUAUGGGACCUGACACAGGAGGGCAGGGUCAUCCAGCGAGUGACCGGCGCGAGCGACACAGUCAUGUCACUGUCGUGGAACACGUGGAGUGGCGGAAAUCAAUUCGUCACAUCAUCCAAGGACAAGAAGCUUAGGAUCUAUGAUCCACGCGAUGCAUCAGGUGUGCCAGUUCACGAGAUAAUGGCCCACGAGGGUGCGCAAGGCUUCAAGACAGUGUGGGUCGAUGGCAAUGGAUUGGACUUGAUCUGCACGGUUGGCGUCAACAAGAGUGCACAGCGACAGAUGUACUUAUGGGACACGCGCAACCUGGUGGGCAGACCGCCCAUCACGCACAACAUCACCAGCGAUAGCAGCAGCCUCAACCCAUACUAUGACUACGCCAACAACCUGAUAUACUUGGGUGGCAAGGGUGAUGGAAUCUACUCGGUCGAGGUGGACAGGAGUGGCGCCCACGCAAUAGGCAAGGCAACAUUUGGUGCGAACAAUACAGCGACAGCGAUAUCGAUGCUACCCAAGACAUGUUGUGACGUGAACCUAUGCGAGAUCAGUAGGUUCCUGAGACUGUCCAACAACAAUCAAGUUGAGAUGGUGUCUUUUGUUGUGCCUCGAGGCACUACUGUGUUCCAAGAGGACCUGUAUCCACCAGCACCAUCUGGUGAUCCGACCAGUGAUGUCCAUCUUUGGCUUCAAGAUCGUUCCGCCAACUUCAAGCCCCUGACUAUAUCCAUGCGACCCGAGGGUCAACUCUCCAUCUACGAAGUUGCCGAAGAGCAAGGUGGAAAGAGCAAAGAGAAGGACAAGUUGGACCAGAUUGCCGCCAAGCUAGAUAUCACCGAUGACCUCAUGGACAGUCCAAUCUCUGCUUAUGUUAACGACUUGUUGGUCCAGCAACAGGUUCAGAACCUGAAUAUGGACGAUCAGACAUCAUGUCAUACUGAUACCCCAUCCCAGCCUCCUCCAAUGAACAUCAGUGGCGACGUUGACCAACGACCAGUACUCAAACGAACACAUUCAAUAUUGUCCCGCAACCCAUCAUACACCUCACUAAGGAUGUCUGGCAGUAUGACUCCUCCAUCAUCCAGCGGCACACCUCCAUCAUUCUCAAGAACAUCAUCAACUUCAUCAUUACUUGCAUCAUCAUCAUCUUCCAAGAGACAACAAGUUAUCAUCUUUGAGGGCGGGUUGUAUGAGUUGGUCGAUGGCACACCGGUGUCUCACAUCGAGAAGUGGUACACUGUGACCGACAGCAGUAUGUUAUGCUCAUUCAAGAGUGCUGAGCAGGCCAAGGGUGACGAGCCAUUGGAGACCAUUCAUCUGGAUCGUGCGAUAUCAGUGAUCAGGACCAAGGAUAUAUUCAAAGUUGAUGAUGGCCAUGGCUACAGCUUCCAGCUCACCACGCCCACGCGUAUAAUGCAUCUCCUCGCCAAGACCAAGAAUGAGAUGAAAUCCUGGAUGUCAAUGUUGCGUCAACAUCUUCUUGGAAGUGGCGAGAUCAAGCCUCCUGGCUCAGAUGGAGGCGCUGACUCUUUUGACAAUGAUGGCGCGGAUGAACACGAGGAAGACGACUCAGAUGAUGAAGUUGACGACCAGGAGAGAUGUCUAGAUGGACAUAUGUUCAGGAAGCUCAAUGGAAUGUUCUCGACAUGGGAUGGCUGUUAUGUACACCUGCUCGAGGAGGACCUGUUCAUCUCUAAGAACAAACAUGCCGCCACUCCAGAGCUACGUAUCCAACUACAGUCAAUCACUCAAAUCAACAAAGUGUCCGCCAAUGAGUUUGAACUAUGCACGGGCCCAUCCAACGAAGUCGUGUGCAGUCUCAAGACGGUUGAGAUGGCCGACGAUCAAUAUGAUCCAUGCGCUCAUUGGAUAGAAUCACUGGAGAUUGGUCGAAAGCGAUCGAUGGAUGUGAUCAAGAUGUUGGGCAUCACAGACCUCAAGUCCAUGGCCGAGGAAGAUGAGCGGUACUUGGACCUCAAUGAUGUGAAGAAUGGCAAUUGCAAGAUAUUGAUGCAGGUCAAGGGCAGACGCAAGAUCAGGGUGGUGACGACCAAGCUUGAGGCCAGUUCAUUGAACACCAACAACUCAUUCGUAUUGGAUGCUGGACCCAAGAUCUACAUAUGGGCCGGCGCCAAGAGCUCACGUGUCAACAAGGCCAAGGCAUUGGACUUUGCCAACAGGAUACGAGAGAAGGAGCGUGGUGGCCGUGCCACUAUCAUCCAGUUGGACGAGGGGAAGGAGGACUCGUGUCCCGAGUUCCGAGACCUCAUCGUGGGAAUGGGCGAAUCAACUCCCGCGACCACGCCAACACCCGACGAACAGGACAUGGCCGCGAACAAGAUGGUCAUAUAUCGCAUUGGAAUGGACAUCAAGCGCAACUGUCUAAAGGCACGACUGGCAUGGGAGGGCACUGAUUGGAGGCUCCCAAAGAAGGAGCUGCUCUUCACCAAGUUCGUCUAUGUCAUUGUGUGCUGUGGCAGCGAGAUGUUCAUUUGGAUUGGCAAGGAGUCGGCAUCAUCACAACGCAGGAUGGCACAUCGUGUGGCACUGGCGUUGAUCGACGCGGACAAGGACACCAACACGGACAUGCCAUCAUGGAUCAAGAUCACCAAGAUCAAUGAGUCGGGCGAGACCAACCUGUUCAAGGAGAAGUUCUCAAACUACCCUGGCAUGCUACCGAUCAGCACGUCAAAGAUGGAUGUGAUGCCAAACAUGGUGGCAGCCACAAAGACCGACCACUCAAUAGAGCACUUGGUGGCACUGAUGCAGCGCACGCCACCCAAUGACGCGGAGAAGAUUGUUACCUCGCCAGAUGUGGGCAAGGUCAAGAUCUGGAAGAUUGACGACUUUGAGAAGGUGGACCAUCCGCCACAUCUCUACGGCCAGUUCUUCUCGGGCGAUAGUUACAUUGUGUUGUACAGCUACAUGAUCAGCAACAGAGAGAUGCAUAUUAUAUACUAUUAUCAAGGUCGUGAUAGUACAACGAAUGAGAAGGGCACGUCGGCCUACCUCACAGUGGACCUACACGAUCAACUUGGUGUCAACUGUGUACAAGUGCGCGUGGUCCAAAACAAAGAGUGUACCAACUUCCUCAACCUAUUCAAGCGACGCAUGGUUAUACAUCGUGGAAAGUACCAGCCACCAGCCAAUGAUGAUGGUGCCAGUCCGACCGCGACCUCUCCCGUUCAGGCCAAGUCGCUGUAUGAAGUGAGAGGAGGAGUGUCCAGCCAGCCAGUGGACAUUGACACGAGGGCCGUACAAGUAGACCUCAAGGCAUCAAUGUUGAACAGCCAGCACACAUUCAUAUUGAGCAUCUCCGAGGACAACCAUGUUACCGUGUGGCGUGGUCGAUACAGCUCCGAGCCAGAGUAUCAAUGUGCCCUUGCCAUUGCCAAGACCACACUACGCACGGACCUCGGCACUACGUUCUCGUUCAUUUCCGAAGGUGAUGAGCCAGAUGGGUUCUGGAAGCACUUGGAUGGCGCGCGGAACAAGGAGCAGGCAAUCAAUGAUCAUCAACAGUCUGAGGGUGAGGUCGCGGUCUCAGUGGCGCUACCCCCAAGACUAUUCAUUUGUUCCAACUCCACUGGCAUCAUUGAGAUCACUCAAGAGGUCAGAUACUCGCAAGAUGAUUUGGACACGAGCAAAGUGAUCAUUCUGGACGUGCACACUCAUUUAUAUGUUUGGAUUGGAACGAGGACAAGUCACAAGACCAAGAAGUUGACGAUGGAGACAGCCAUUGAGUAUUGGAGGAGAAAGCAAGGGGAAGGCGAUGGUGAUUUACACUCUAGAGUGUUGGUGAUAGAGCCAUAUCAAGAGCCAUUGGAGUUCAAAUCAUAUUUCAGAGCAUGGACCAGCAAUAAGUAUCCAAAGAUCAGAUUGGGCAUGCCAGAGAAGUGUGGUGUGGUAGUGAUGGAUAAGCUCAGGGAGUAUCAGAAGGAGGUGUAUCAAUAUGAGGAGCUGCUGGCUGAUCCACUGCCAGCUGGUGUGGACGCCACCAAACUAGAACUAUACCUGCCAGACGAAGAAUUUGAGCGAGUGAUUGGAAUGUCAAGGAAAGAAUGGGACAAAGUACCAAGUUGGAAACGAGAGAAUAUCAAGAAAUCUGUAUAUUUAUAUUAA